AUGCACAACACAUGAGCUUAGAACGUUCAGUCUCCUCCUUCUCCAGCAGUGGAUUAGUUGAGGCAGAGAGUGUCAUGCUCUUUCUCCCAUUUUGUACAGUUCAGCAGAGGUGAAAGAGCUCUGGCUAAAGACCCUCUGAAGGCAGAGCCGAGAGAAGAGAAGAGUAAAGUUCAUGAAGGUGCUGAGCGGCUGCAAUACUGGCGAUGUCAAAGAACACCACUUGCUGCCACAAUGUGAUAGUGAAGAUGGGAUUUGCCACCUGAUUGAAAAUAAGAAGAGAAAGGUGAUAACCUGGCCUUUCCCCAUGAGAAGGACAGCCUCUUCAUCGGACUCUUCUGGAUCUCUGACACCAGAAGGGAAACCUUCCCUGUUUGACCAGCCCUUGUCAAUAAUCUGCGGUGAUGAUGACAUCCUUCCCCAGCCCAUUCAGGAAAUUCUCAAUAUUCUUCGAAGCAAAGGCCCUUCCACAGAAGGAAUAUUCAGGAAGGCUGCCAGUGAAAAGGCUCGGAAAGAGCUUAAGGAAGAGCUCAAUUGUGGGGGAACGGUCAGUUUAGAGACCAGAUCUGUGCACCUACUGGCUGCAGUUUUUAAGGAUUUCCUCAGGAGUAUCCCACUCAAGCUACUUUCAUCAGAUCUGUCUGAAGAAUGGAUGGCAGCCUUAGAGAAGCCGAAUGAGGACAAAAUUGAGAGCCUGAAACAGGUCACAAAGAAACUACCAAGGGCCAAUCUCUUGCUGCUCAAGCAUUUGGUCUGCAUGCUCUAUGACAUCAGCAAGAAUUCAGAUGUCAGCAAGAUGGAUUCAAGCAAUCUUGCCAUUUGUAUUGGACCCAACAUGCUGAACCUCAACACCGACCAAAGCCUGUCUUUUGAUGCCCAGAAGGAGCUGAAUAACAAGAUUAAGACAUUGGUGGAAUUCUUCAUUGAUAACUGCUGUGAAAUAUUUGGAGAAGACAUCCAGGGGCACUCUCCCAGCAUCACUUCUGAUGACUCAUUGGAGCACACUGACUGUUCAGAUAUAUCAACUUUGCAAAAUGACUCAGCCUAUGAGAGUACAGAUGCUGAGGCAGAAGGCAGCAGCAGCACUGGCUCUCAAAACAAGCAGCCCCCAGACACUGAAGGACUGGUCCGUGACUUGGACAACGGGAAGCCUCAGCAUGAGUCAAAACCAGGGUCUAUUAUCUCUUAUGCUGUGUUACUAAAAAGCUCACUCAGCACUCAAGAAAGGAGGCACUCAGAGCCCAGCACGCCAUCCUCGAAAGACUACCUUGAAAGCAGAAUCACGAGCCAGAAACUGACUAAGAGUGAGGACAACUUCACCGUCCCCCAGGCAAGCUCCUGUUACAGGAGUCAAGAAGCCAAAGACUCACAGCCCAGGAAACAAAAGUCACUGGGUCUUCCAAUAAAGGAAGGAACUUCGUGCUCAGAAUCAACCGUUGGGCAUUUCCCCCAAACCUCCUCCUGUGGUUCCCUGGACAGUUCCUCCGAUAAUUCAGUCUUUGCCAACUCACCAGUGGUUUCUCCUUCAAGUCCAAAAAGGAACUUUUUCAUUAGGCAUCAAUCCUUUACAACAAAGGCUGCUGAUGCAAACAGUAAGCCAGCCCGAGAGAGAAAAAAACACUCCAUGUCAUUCUCUUUUGCUACUCACAAAAAGGUGCCAAGUUGGCGCUUUCCCAGAGACCAGGGGAAGAAGGACCUCAAAAAGGAGAGCCAACACACUAGAAGAAUUGUCCAGGAAAGCUGUGCCGAAGCUAUGGUUAACUACCAGCCGGCUCCAGAAUGUGGGGGUUCAAAGUCACGUCUCUUCUCAGCCGAAGAGGUAUUCCAAUUUGUGGAUCAGAAAAUCCCUGGAAAUCCACCAUCCUAUGAGGAGGCAGUCCAACAUUGCCACAUUUCCAAAACCCUUCCCUAUAGGAGCGGGACAAUCCAAAGUAUAAAAGACACCAUGCUAAGCCAGGACUCUAGACUGCCCUCUCUUUUCCUUUUGAACUAUGGUGGGCACACCAAGAAUACACAUGGCAGAGACUUACUCAAUAGAGACAGUGCAUCAGCUGUGAGUGAAACUCGGGCACAGAGUGGGGAUUCCAAUAUCUCUGUGGAAGGGAAAGGACAAAUGCCAACAUCUGAGUUUUACCGGUUAAGGGUCUUGUCUGAAUCCUUGCUAACAAACAAACAAGACUAUCUCAUGGAAAGGUGUAGUCAGCCAAUGUUUGAGAUUGACCAGGUCCAAUAUGCCAAGGAAUCCUAUGUUUAGGGAGCCAGGCUGUAUGCCACAAAAAGCCCUCAGUGACUACUGUAAAUAUAUGGGCUCUGUCAAAAGAACUGCUUCCAAAAACCUUCUUUCACGAAGAUAAAAAAUAAGCUCCUCUGGAAGUCCACAUAUGGUGGUCCUCAAAGAGAAUGUUUACCCCCCAAAACUGUUGUUCAUGUCUAUAUGAACUUGAGUAUGUGCAAUAUGUAAUAAAUGUAUAAACAUAAGUAAUACACUGAAGGAAUAGCUACAUGUUGAGUGUUUGUGUUGCAUGUACAUAUAUUAUACCCAAGUUGGCACUGAACUCUCUUCUUAGUUACAAUGUUUGAAAACAGAACCUGGCCUUUCCUUUGGGCGUGCCUUGCAGGAAAUGCAAAUCUUCCUAUUUUCCUGACCAUUUCAUCUAGGGAAAAAAAUUCAUUCCCCUGUCAGAAGUUCAACCCAAAUGAGUAGUUUUGUAAUCACUAGUCACUUGGGAAGAUGGAGAGGGCAAUUCUCUAGUAAGAGGAAUUCAGGAUCUGAACUUUCAGUGAGCCAUUAAAAACACCAAAGAAAAACCAUUUUUUAAAACCUAUGAAAAACAGUUAAAUGGUGCCCUCUUAACCAUCUCGUUAAUCUCGGGGAAACUGAUAGAAGGGUGUUAAUAUUGCUGUGGCUCCCUGAUCACACUUCUGAGUUUCUUUUUAUUAUCAUGUUGUUUCCUACUGUUGGACGUCAACAUUUUGAAAUUUUAAAAUACUUGCUGGAGAUUGUUUGAAAUGUCAACGAAAUGACACUAACAAUAAAUCACCUUCUUCAUUUGAAA